GGCGGAUAUUCUGAACAGAGAACAGUACGCCCAGAGUUUUAAACGAAGAGGACUUGUUGAAGUGAAUUAAUCAUGAGUAUGGAAGAUUAUGUCAAGAUUGAGAAGAUUGGAGAAGGUACAUAUGGUGUGGUGUACAAGGGUAGAAACAAAAAAACUGGUAAAUUAGUCGCCUUGAAAAAAAUUCGGUUAGAGAGUGAAGAAGAAGGCGUGCCCAGCACUGCCAUCAGGGAAAUAUCGUUAUUAAAAGAACUACAGCAUCCAAACAUUGUCAGUUUGCAGGAUGUGUUAAUGCAAGAAGCCAAAUUAUACUUAGUUUUUGAAUUUCUUACGAUGGAUUUAAAGAAGUACAUGGAUAAUAUACCCUCAGGAAAAUUAAUGGAUACAGGAUUAGUGAAGAGCUAUCUUUAUCAAAUAUGUCAGGGCAUUGUGUUCUGUCAUGCAAGGAGAGUUGUUCACCGAGAUAUGAAACCACAGAAUUUACUUAUAGACAGUAAAGGUCUCAUCAAAUUAGCUGACUUUGGUCUGGCCAGGGCAUUUGGAAUUCCAGUUAGGGUCUACACGCAUGAGGUUGUGACGUUGUGGUACAGAGCACCCGAAGUUCUUCUUGGUUCGCCUCGGUACUCCACUCCAGUCGACGUGUGGAGUAUUGGUUGUAUAUUCUCAGAAAUGGCAACAAAAAGACCCCUCUUUCAUGGUGAUUCAGAAAUAGAUCAAUUAUUCAGAAUAUUUAGAACAUUAGGCACGCCCAAUGAUGAGAUAUGGCCUGGUGUGAGUUCACUUCCUGAUUACAAACCCACCUUUCCAAACUGGAGCCCCGGACAACUGCCAGCUGCAAUUAAGAAUAUAGACGAUGAUGGUGUGGAUCUUUUAAAGAAAAUGCUCGUCUAUGACCCAGCCUACCGCAUAUCUGCCAAGACAGCACUCAACCAUCCAUACUUUGAAGACCUUGACAAAAGUGCUCUGCCAGCCUCAAAUAUUUAAUGAGUCUCUUCAACAGUAGAAAGAAACCAGUAAAUAGACUCGCAUCCUAAUGUUACGAAACAUUCUGUAUUACUUACUGAAUUUUUAAGCCACAUAACAUAUGGCAUGUCUCCUGUAAGCAACAACAUUGUUGUAAAAAAUCUUUUGAAGUGGUUAUAUUUAUUAUUGCUUUUUCACAAUCCUGCAGUGUAAAGAAUCUGCCCAUUCCUGUGAAUAGGUUUAAUCAGGGGUGAAAAUAGGUGCUGGAGCUUGUGGAAAAUUAAUGUAACAGAGUAAAGUUACAUUUCCUGUUUUUUUGUGUGUGAAAUUUUUGUAUUAGUUUAUGUUUCUUUCAAAUAUCUAUCGUCUUACAACAUAUGUUAUAUUCUUUCUAGUAUUUUUCAUUUAGAGGUAGUUUAUGUAUAUUCUUAUUUUUGUUGCCUAAUAAUGUGCUUCAAUUAAUUCUUACAAUUAAAUGUAAAACUUGAUUUUAAUGGAUACUGGGAGUCUUGUAUUGAUAUGUACUGUAUCGGUAUACUGCUAGUUCUUUUUCCGGCACCUAAUUUACUGGUGUAUGUUGCAGUGAAACAGAAUUUGAUAGUUUAACAGCAGAAAAAUGCCUUGAUAUAACUUUUAAAGCUAGAACUGUAAUAGUUCAAAGGCUUAUUCAGCUCAUUUUAAAAACUUGCAAAUAGCUGAGAAUUAGUUUAUCAAAAUAAUUCAAUGAUGUAAAUUUAUAAAAUUAUAUAUUUGUAUUAAAUUUAUGUUUCAGGUGAUCUACUUGUCAUUACUUAAAGUAGAAUAUUUCCUUGUAUUUUUCAAUCAUUUUUUUUUUAUGAUAAAUCAGACCAGACAAAAUGUAUGAAAAACAGAUUUUUUCACUGAUUAAUUUCUCCAGUUGAACAGUAACCAUAUUUUGUUUGGUCCCUGGGCCUAUUCCUUCACAAUUGGGUGAUUACAGCUCAAAUUUAGACACAAACUUAUCGUGUCUGUUAUUGAUAUGCAAUGAUUAGUUGUGAUAACAUUUGAAAAGCUGAAAAUGAUUAAGUGUGCAUAUUUGUCCCAUCAAAUUUAAGAUGUAUAGUUUUGUACAUGUCAGAUAUGAAUCCAGAAGCUAAUGCUUAUGAUUUUUUAACAUUAAAUUGAUUGACCUCUUGUAUCUGUCCAUAUUGAGAAGAGCAUUAAUUAAAACGAAAUGGCCACUGCCCCAUCAUUUUGAAUUGGGUCAAACCAGUGUUGUAUAAUAAAGAGGAGCAUGUCUGAGAUAUGGCUCUAUAACCGCAUUAAUUGAAACUAAA